AUGAGUAGCCCGAAUAGCUCACAACACGACGGAAAAAACGUCGAACGUGAAGAGAAUGAGGUGGAAUGGGAAGGCACGAAAGACUCUAGUUCACCUGCCCAGAAUUCUGAACAGGUUGUCAAUCGUUUUGAAUCCUCUAUUCCGACCGAUGCAUCCCCCACGCCAUAUUCAGAGCAAGAUGUGGAUAAUUAUGAACAAAUAAGCAGUGAUAAUGACGUUGGGGAUUAUAAAAGAGUAAAAGGUUCAUUAUACGACGAGGAAUAUAAUACAGAAAUCCAGGCCGAACCGCCUGAACCUCCGGACAACGUCGGUUAUGAAGUACGUCAAUAUGGUCCUGGCGAACCUGCACCUUCUUCAAAGAGUGAUUAUGCUGUCUUGGAUAACGCGCAAGCGGCAUUUUCACCAUACCACGCAUCUGAUCUGAGGGAGUCUCCGAAAUAUCCCUUUCAGAACGCGGAACCCUUUACAUUUCCAUUACAGAACCCAUCCCAAGGUGUGCAAGCGGAAAAUGUCUCUUCAUCCGAGCCAGCGACUCUAGACGAUCUUAACAUGAUUAAGAGGGAAAAGAUAGAGGCAAGUACCCCGGCCAAUCCAAAGAGUUUUAAUGAGUCUGCCCCUCAAAUCGAUGACGGGCUAUCCAUGAAAUCUCUGAGCAUCUUACGGUCCCUUUCAACGACCAUCACGACCGUUAAUAAAGGGUUUGUCGAUAUCACGUUCACUUUUUAUCCCAUGGGCUUCCAAACCCGAUUGACGCAUCCAUGCUAUAAUAUAAACGCCUUUUCGGCGGAGGGCGCCACCAUACUUUCCGAGUAUAACGUAAUUUCCUCCAGCAGUAGUGAAAGGAAGGAAUGGGUUUUGAUCGCUAGAGACCUUUUUGAAAUGAUUGCACGCCAUAUAUGUAUGCAUCCACAGUCAUUUGUCCUUUACUACCAAGACAAGCGCGUUCGUUUUAAUUCACUGAUGUUUCUAGAGCGCGAACGAGGGCGAAGCGCUCCUCGAGAGGAUCCUUCGAUUGGCCCAUCGAGUGGGAUCGAGAAUUCCGUGAAUGGGAUGCGAACCGAGCCGCUUUGGCUUUCCGUCGCCUUCUCUAAUAUCGCGCGCACGAUGCCGACGAGUGUAAUAGAUUCCAAUUUUAUAUUUUCCGACAACCACUUCGCCUCUGACGGGGCUCUCGAUGAAUCCCAAGACGCCCAUCCCCUUUCCCUGACCCCGUCGUUGGCGAAUGUCCCGCGCCAUUUAGCCUCGAUCACCAAAGGGGAGUUCCUCUCCAAGUGUAUUUUGGUGCGGAAAAAGAAAAUCGCCAUCGCCCCUGAGGCCCUAGUCAAGGGCCGUCGGGCGGGUUUCACCUUCGACGAGGUGAUCCAACGCCUUCAGCGCCAGGACCCCCCGGUCGCGGGCGAUGCCGCCCUCUGGACGGCGGUGUCGAUCCUCCGCGACCCUGCCCCACGCCCGAAGGCCUUUUUGGGCGGCUACACCGUCCACCCCCCCCCCAUCCGCCUGCUCCUGCACGCCAGCACGCAGGCCUUCAUGGCGGGCCUGGACUACUCCCCCCACGGCGGGGCGAAGCGCGCGGGGCGCAUUUUGGCCGACCUGCGCUCCCGCCAGACCCAAACCUACGGCAAAUCCCGCGGCACCCAAACGCGGCGCGAGGGCUGCGCGCAGACCCCGCGGCCGGACCUCCUGCUGGACCGCGCCCACGACGUCCUCGUGCGGGCUCGGCCCUACUUCACCGCCGCCGCCCUCCGCGCCCUCCGCGUGGCGAAGGCGAUUCUCCUGCAGAAGAUGUACCGCCAGUGGAAGGCGCGGCAGGUCUGCCGCGCCCUGUACGAGGCCGAGACCGAGCGCCAACUCCGCAUGGCCGCGCGGCAGCGCGUGGAGGAGGCCGCGGUCCGGGCCCGGGCCGAGAUCGAGCGCCACCGCCGCCUGAACCCGCACCGCGCGAACGACUUCGGCGUGCUCAAGGAGGAGCUCCUGCAGUGGCGAUCCCACAAGGCCAAAAGCAUCACCCAGGAUGGCGCCCUCUCCGCCGAGCAAAAGCGCGCCGCCUUGCUGGCGUUGACCAAGGAGGAGGUCAAAUUACUGCAGGAUCUUGAACUUCACAGGAAGUCCGUGAGGCAAAACCAGCAAGGACAACGACUGGUUCGCGUUUUAGAAAAAGCGGCUUCCGCAAAGCAAUGGGGCGGGAUCUCCGUCACGACCCCUGGCACCCUCCGCGCUGCCGAGCUGAGAGACCUUUUCUACAAUCUUACCAGCAAUGAUUUUGAUGUAUCGUCGAGAAUGGAUAUAUUAUUGCACAUUAAAUGGACGGUGAAGGAAUUUCCGGAUAGUAGUGAAUCCAAAGAACUUUGCCAGCUCAUUGACCGCGAGGCGGACUUGAUUAAUCGUGGGUGGAAGUCUGCCUCUUUGGUGGAGCUGCGAAAACGCAUUACCAAUAUCUUUAGGAACUUUAUUCUAGACCCGGAAUAUAACCCCGAAAUGAUUCGUUAUAACGAUUCGAGUAUAGCCCGUCGGAAGGCCGAAACACUUGGUAGAGACAAAAUAACACCGGGCUAA